UGGCGGCUAUCUCAAAAGUUAAAAGUGGCUUUUCAAAACUAUUAUGCUGUUUUCUACACAAACCGACAAGCGUUUGGAUUAGAAAGUAUCCUAGACUAUUACAAAGUAAUACAGUACGAUUCAUAAAUGAUGAUUCUUCGUCAGUUSGACAAGGAAAACAGUUGAAUCUUGUGGUAUCAUCGAUGCGCGUUGACAGGAUCGCAGCAUCGGGAUUUGCGACUGGACGAAGAAAGAUGGAUCUUCUGUUGCUCUCUGGAAAGUUAUAUGUGAAUAAAAAAUGUGUCUUGAAAAGUUCUACUAAGGUGAAAUGCAAUGAUGUUCUUGAAUUGAUUGACAAGAAAUCAGGCGACAURGAGGAUACCAGUGGAAAGGUCUGCAUUUCAAAACUUGAAAUCACUGAYAUUGGAGAUACAUUGACAAAGAAAGGAAAUCUACGUAUAUCAUUAACACGCUGGAAAAACAUUCUUAUAGACAAAAAGUAUUUCAAGGAAUAUUACAAAAAGUAAAAAUAUGAGUAGAAUUAGUAGUAUUAGAUCAAAGAAUUCAAAACAAUAUUGAUGUGGAAAAACAUUAUCUAUGUGUGUAAAGACCUUUUCCUGGCAAUUCCAGGAAGAAAUUAUGGAUGUGACUGGUAUUUGGUGAUGCUGCAAUGAUUAUCUGGAAAUCAUAUCUUUGACAUCAUAAGACUUUGUCCUGGUUCAGUCAUGAAAACCAACUAUAUUUUGAGCUGCAGGAAUAUUAUUAUUUGAACAUCUACCUUGAUAAAGUAUCCUAGUAAGACAAUUUCAACUUUGAGUAAAUAUUAUAGAUUGAUAGAGAUAUCGAAUAAAUUGAAAUGGCUUUGUACAGAAAUUAUUGGCCAAAAUGUCUAAAGCAGUUGGUAACAUAGAAACACUAGAAAAACUAGUGGAGACGACAUUGUAAAUUGAAGAAAAAGAGCAAGAAAAAUCACUCUUAAUUUCAACAACAACAUUAACAACAAAGGACUAAAAACAGUGGGAAAAUCAUUGAGGAAGGAGGUAAAUAUCUGUAAAAGACAAUUAUGGACAAAAGAAGCCCAAACGUCUUGAGGAAAACACUGCUACAUUUGGAAAUAUGGAACUACGGGAAAUCAAGAUAAAUACAAGGUAUGAUAUGAGAAUCUUUUAGUAGAAAUUAGUUUAC